AUGACCGAUUUUACUAGCGCUCGACAGCAGCAGCCGCAACAGCCGCAACCGCAGCCGCAACAGCUGCGGGCGGUGCCGGUCACUGCGGCCCGACCACCGUAUUUUGAUUUUAACGACAUUUUUGGGUGUUCCGCAGGAAAAAAACUGUCGCCGCCCAUGACGACGGCUCCGACGACGACGCCUGCGGCCAACGGAAGUGGCUCGACGACGGCCACCGCGACGACGGCCACAGUCAACAACAACAACAACCACAGCAACAACAACAACAACGGGGCGUCGAUCAAGCAGCAGCAACAAUCCUCGGCCGGCGGCCAACAGCUGAUGUCCGCAGCCACGGCGGGUUGCUGUCCCGUGUGCGGGACGGCGCUCCGCACGGCCCACGAGCUCGAGUCCCACUUUAUAUGGGAACUGGAACGGCUGUACAAGCAGGCGGCCGCGGCAGGACGACGGCACCGGAGGGGCACUCCCGACAAGCUGGGCGAAGGCCACCACAUGCAUGGUCUCAUGGUAUGUCCCAGAGACGGCGGCCGCUUGUCGCCAGUCGCCGGUGGCAGCAGCAGGGACGCGACGCUGCACGGCCGAUGGGAGACAUAUCAAAAAGUCAAGGCCAAUCGACACAACCGGUUGAGGAUCAAAAACCGGAAACGGAAACCCGACGAGAUGUUGUUGACGCCGACACCAGCGACCUGCUGCUGUCCCGUUUGCAGCGAGCCCGUGGCCGCGGCCACCCAGGAACAGAUGAACGCUCACGUGGAAAUGUGCCUGAGGAACAAAGGACACCCAUCAGUGGCGACCGCUGGAAACGACGACGAAGACGAGAACGUGGACGUGGAAGGUGACGCCGAGACGACGAUGUACGACAUCGUAUACGGAGGCGGAAGUAGCGGAUGGCACGGCCAACAGCCACACAACAGGAUGAGACAGCAGCAGAUGCUCAUGCACGGCGGAGGAUACAACAGAGGUGCCGCAGCCGUGGCGAUGAACUGUACAGGCCCCGGAAAUCCGGCCCAGCAGCCGCCGCCCAGACAGUCGGCGACCGGUGGUGAAGACUCGGCCGGUGGUGCCGAAGACGCCGUGUUGGUGGUCGACGACAACGACAACGAAAACGGCGGCAGCAGCGGCAGCUUAUACAACAAGUACGGCCCUAACCAGUACGCCGAACGGGACUUAAUCGUCCCGUCACGUCCUCCUACCGCUUCUUCGGAGAGCCGCCGACUUACACCCGCUGAGCUGAACGAUCCGAGUGCGAUGGAUGCUAUGGACUCGUGCGAAAACGUCGGGCCGCUGGACGUGUCGAUCAAAAAGGAAAACACACAAGACGAAGUUACAGUGAAACCCAAAAUGGACGUCGACAAGUACUGCGCACAGUUCAACAACAACGGUCAGGUCGUCGAAGCGCUAAAAGCUCGGAUCCGAGAACUUGAGUCGGUGUCCAAGACCGAUGGCGACAAGUUUACUUGUCUAUUGUGCAAAGGAAAUUUCAAAGAUCCCGUCGUGUCGACGUCGUGCUGGCACGUGUACUGCGAAGUGUGCUGGCUACAGAUACUGGGUGCUAAAAAGCUGUGUCCUCAGUGUUACGUGAUAACGCUUCCGUCCAACUUGCGUCGCGUUUACCUGUAA